GAGAGGGAGAAGGAAAGAGAAUAACGUCCUGAAGAAAGGAGACCCAGUGAAUGAACGUUUGGAAAGCUGUGCUGCCCCGGGAAAAGAACCAGCGUUUCAAAAACAAAGGACAGCGUCUUCACUUUGCGCCUGCAACAUCUACCAGCGUGUUUUUCAGACGGUACCAUGGCUGAGGGAAGUUGCUUUGGAGCAUUGUAGCCGUUUGGGAUGACCAGAUCCAGACCUUGCAUGAAAGAAGAAGAGGGGAAAGCAAAGAAUAAAGAAUCACGAAAGGAGGGGAAACAUCUGCUCUGAGAAGAUAAGAUCAGUGGCCCAUUUGGAUCUGAACAGGGAACCUGCUGGACCUUUCUCUUUGUAAGGAAAGGAAUUUAAACUCCCCAAUAUCAGUGCCCUGUCACUUGGAGGAGCUUGAAAGGGCUUCAACUAUUUUCAUUUUUUGUUCUUAUCAGUUGUUGGUACCAUCUCAGAAAGCCUUAACGCCAUGUGCCAAGUGAUUGUAACAUGCCGCUCCAUGCUCUGGACACUGCUCAGUAUUGUAGUGGCCUUUGCUGAGCUCAUUGCCUUCAUGAGCCCCGAUUGGUUGCUGGGAAUCCCUCAGUCGGACUCCAGUGUGAACGGGGCGGGAGUGGACUCUGGGGAGUACCGGCCAUCUCUUGGACUCUACAGCCGCUGCCUUCGUAUCGGGACCCGGGGAAUAGGGGUGAGCUGCGGGCCCUACGCCGGGACAUUUGCAGAAGUGGCCAGUGGCUUCUGGCAGGCUGCCAUGUUGUUUCUGGCAGCAGGGACGUUAGUAUUAGGAGGAGUGGCCUGCAUCUCCAUCUUCAGCCUGUGCUUCCAGAGCAUCCUUAAGAAAAGCAUAUUCAACAUCUGUGGACUGCUCCAGGCUAUUGCAGGCCUGUUGCUGAUGGUGGGCCUCAUGCUGUACCCUGCUGGUUGGGGUUCAGAGAAGGUGAUUGGCUACUGCGGCCCCGAGGCCUCGCCCUUUAAGCCAGCUCUGUGUUCUCUCGGCUGGGCGUUCUACGCAGCGAUCGGGGGAACGCUUUCAACGUUCCUGUGUGCUGUUUUGUCUGCACAGGCUGAGAUCGCCACCUCGAGCGAUAAGGUUCAGGAGGAGAUUGAGGAGGGGAAGAGUCUGAUCUGCUUGCUCUGAGCUUCCAGAAACCUUGGGAAACUCCAGGAAAUAUAAAGACAUCUGUACAUCUCAGUGGAGGGAGGACAUACAUUUCUCUAAGGGAUUUUCUUCAUGAUAGCCUGGAUAAAAUCAGCUGAUUAUUAAAAAGAUAGAAGUCUUUGUAACAGUUUUUUUAAUCGUUCGGCAUGGGGUUCUCUUCUCUAACUUGCUGGGGCCUGUCUGGUGAUACCAAGACAAAGGAAAAAAUGUACUGCUUCAGAUACCAAGAUACUGUUUGUUAAUGCCUGAAACAAACCACUGUAGUGAAAUAGCAGGAGAUUAGUUAAAGAAAUGAGUAGUAGAUAUGCCUUAAGUGUUAUUGUGAGCAGGUCAGUAAAACAGUGUGUAGGUUUGUAACGUCAUUAUAAUGUUCAUUCUCACGGUUCACCUGCAAACCUCAACAAGCCACUGAAUACUAACAGAUGUGUCCACUAAAACACCCAUCAACAGCUUGCAUAUGUUCUGUGUGUAUAUGUGUGUGUUAUAGACAUUAACUGUUUCAAAGUGUGGCUGAUUCUGUGGCGCAGCAGGACAGUCAGGCUGUAACUUUAGAUUUGCCACUUAAGGGAUUGUUAACUCCUGUUAAAUGGAUUGUUUGCUGGUCCACUGCAGCUUAUUAACUAGCGGAGUGUGUGCAGAGAAGGAAGAGAGACUUUGCCACAUGUUUCACUGUGGUGAAUUUUCAUAAGGGGAUGUUUGCUCACAGUGAGAUAAAGCAGGCAGACCAUAGUGUAUCAUGAGUUACCUUAUGGCACACCAUUCAGAAAAGACCUAGCUUUGUAAAGACACUAAAAAGUGGGGGCGGGGAAUUAAAAAGCCUUUGUUGAGGCAUAUCGACACAAAUGCAAAAACUCCAAAUAGGUCAUUAGUGUUGUCAUUUCAACAUGCUGAAAAGCUGAUUAAGGCAGGCUUCUUUGUUUGCUUGGUACUUUUGGAUUCCUCAAAAUCACCUGAUACAGUGUGUUGCACUUGGUCUUUAAUUCAUUUCACAUUCUAUUCACUUGUUUUUUCAGUUUUUUCCCCCCAACAAUUCUGUAUUAAGUUGCUGUAAAUGUAACGUGAUUGCUUUUAUUCCUUGUAGAUCAGAUGUGCAAUAAUUCAACUAUAGUGUGUUUGCUGUGAGAGUGAGUCGACUGAGAGGUUGAGACUGAAGAGUGAAAUCAUGGCAUGGAUUUGUAUUUUUAAAAAAAGCAUUUCUAGUCUGUCUGUGCUUAAAUUAAUAUGUUGACUGUUUUUUUGUUACAUUAACAAAAGAGUAACAGCAACUGUGGCACAUUGUAUGUAUGAUGCUGCAUGUUUGAGAGGUUAUGUGUGAGGAGAGAUAGUCUGUACUUUUUUACUCGAAUAAACCAGGCAUUCUUUAGUAAAUUCA